AUGAAAAAUACUAGAGCAUAAAGAGCUGUAACUACAUUAGAGAAGAAAUAUGAUAGAAGUGCUUUUAUUCAUAGAAAUCCAAAAACAAUGCUGAGAGACCUUUUGUUUGAAUAAAAUGUAUAGUAAAUUUAAUAAUUAAAGAUUUUAUAGACUUAAAUAAGCAAAGAAUAAAAAAUGUAUCAGAUUUCAUUAAAUUCCUAUGUCUUAUAGAUAUUCCAUAGAUAUACCAGAUUUAGAUGAAUAUUUUGGAAUGAGAGAUUAAAUAUAAAUUGAAAAUUGUAUAUAAGAUUGCAAAAAGAAAGUAAAUACAUGUAAAAACAGAUUGGAACAAUUAAAAUUUAAGAUAAAUGAUUAAUAUAUUUAAGAAAUGGAAGAUUAAGAUAUAAGUGAAUUAUAAUAAAUUUAACAACCAAAGAAUUGUAAAGUAAAAUAUGAAGGAAAGGAUUAUUGUUAUUAUUAAAAUAGAAUUCACACUACGAUAAGUGAAAAUUAUUAAUAAAAAACAAAUUAAGUAGAUAAAUUUAAUUAGACUUUAUAUUUUUUAAUGAGUAAUCGAGAUAGAUCGUUAGAAGAAAAAUCAGCGAAAUUAAAUAAUACUAUUUAAGGUUAAAAAUUUUUGGAUGAUACAUAAAAUGAACUCAAAAAAUCAUUACAUUAUAGUGUUAGAUAAAGUUUAUAAUAGAAAAAUAAAUUUCUUUCUAUGUUAUAAACAUUAUAGAAAGAAAAAGAGAGUAUUGAUAAUGUAAAAAGGAAAAGAUUAUAAAAAUUAAGAAAUCAAAUAUUAUAAGGAUAAUUUGCAGAAAUAUGA